ACUUCCGUUUCCGCAGUGGGCGCCUACGCUCUCCCUCCAGCUCCCCGCCUUCGUCUUCCGACGCUUUGAUUGGUUUCUGGAGGUGGAGGGGCGGGGUUCCGCCGUCUCCGGCUACGCCCCUCGCGCGCAGUUUUCCCGCCGCCCCCGAUGUUGAGUCCCGGGCCUGCCGGCUGACAGUUGAGUAUGGCGGGAGCCGAGCGGGGCGGCGGUGGGCCGGCCGAGCAGGAGCCCGUGGUAUCGUUGGUGGACGUGUUGGAGGAGGAUGAAGAACUGGAGAACGAGGCCUGCGCCGUGCUGGGCGGCAGCGACUCCGAGAAGUGCUCCUACUCGCAGGGCUCCGUAAAAAGACAAGCGUUGUAUGCCUGCAGCACAUGCACUCCAGAAGGAGAAGAACCAGCAGGAAUUUGUUUAGCAUGCAGUUAUGAAUGCCAUGGAAGUCAUAAACUAUUUGAGCUAUAUACAAAAAGAAAUUUUCGCUGUGAUUGUGGAAAUAGCAAGUUUAAAAACCUGGAAUGCAAAUUACUUCCUGAAAAAGGAAAGUUAAAUUCAGGCAAUAAAUAUAAUGACAACUUUUUUGGACUGUAUUGCAUUUGCAAGAGACCUUAUCCUGAUCCUGAAGAUGAGAUUCCAGAUGAGAUGAUCCAGUGUGUAGUUUGUGAAGAUUGGUUCCAUGGAAGGCAUCUGGGUGCAAUUCCUCCUGAGAGUGGGGAUUUCCAAGAGAUGGUGUGCCAAGCUUGCAUGAAACACUGUUCCUUUUUGUGGGCUUAUGCUGCACAGUUAGCAGUACCUACAGUCACCAAAAUAAUAACUGCUGAAGAUGAUGGGGUGCUGAAUGUGGAUGGAACAGACGACCAGAAAGUCAUCAAGGCUGAAAAUGGAGCAAAUCAUCAUGAAAGUAUCCCUGAAGAGAGUGUCCUAGAAAAGGGAAAAGAUGUCAGGGAGGAGAAUAAAGUAGAGCAAGUUGAUGAACCAUCUACUAGCUCUGGUUCUGAAUCUGAUCUACAAACAGUUUCCAUGAAUGAACAUCAGAAUACAGAAUCCCAUUCAGGCUGCAGACUACAGGAGCUAAGGACCAAGAAGUAUGUAAAGCAAGAUACUGCCACCUAUUGGCCCCAUAACUGGCGUAACAAGUUAUGUACCUGUAGUGACUGUAUGAAAAUGUAUGCAGAUCUAGAAGUCUUAUUCCUGACAGAUGAAUAUGACACAGUCCUGGCUUAUGAGAACAAAGGCAAAAGUGACCAGGGAACAGAUAGGAGAGACCCUUUAAUGGAUACACUUAACAGCAUGAAUAGAGUCCAGCAAGUGGAACUUAUCUGUGAAUAUAAUGAUUUAAAGACUGAACUUAAAGACUAUCUCAGGAGAUUUGCUGAUGAAGGAACGGUUGUUAAGAGGGAGGACAUUCAGCAAUUCUUUGAAGAAUUUCAGUCAAGAAAGAGAAGGCGGCUAGAUGGGAUGCAAUAUUACUGCAGCUAGAAUGGCAUAGAUAAGCUUUUUAUUUCAGGCCAAAUGGGAAUGCUGCUGUUCAAUGAAUAAAGGAGGCAGAUUUCUAACUGUUUGGUCCCCUUUUCACUAUGCCCCUUUCCAAGAGGACUUCUCCAGCCUUCUGCUGUUACUACAUGCCAUUACUUUAAUGACCAGAAUGCAUAUUCUAAUUUCACUACCAGUGAUCCUCAUUGUGAACUCAGUUCAAUGUAACUCUGGUUUGUUGACUCCCAUUCCCCACCCCUGGUGUCAAUUGGUUUUAGGUUUUAGGGAGUUCGAUUUGGUUUUAAGAAAAGGUUGCCAGGAUAAUAGCCCCCUUUCUGCUGCCUAGUACUAUAAGCCGGGUAUUAACCCUGUUAAAUUUUGGUGGUUGUUUACAAAGUGCUUUGGAUUUUUGAUAUUAUCAGGGAUACUUAUGAGCCUACAUUGAAAACUGACCUACUUUGAUACUGUUGUGUUUUAGAAAUACUGUUAUCAGGAUCCCAGCAAAUUAUGUUCUCUCCAAACCUGGGCUGAAGCAAGUAUAUCCAUGGCAGACUAUCUUACUGGCGGUGAGCUUUGCGACCGGGGCAGCGUGUGCCGCAUAUGGAAGGGGACAGACUUUAUGAAAAUGGAUAGAAAGAAAGAUUUUGUGCUCAUGGAUGAUUUUUUUUUUAAUGUAAGGAAAAAUUGACACCCUUUCAACUAUGAUGGCAUCUCCUUUGGAAGCUGGUCAGGUUUCCUACGUUUGUGAAAUGUGAAGCUCCAUGGAAAGCCAUUUCAGUUAGUAGGAAGUUCCCUUGACAGCUUCCCACCUCCCCUGGUUUUUGUGGAGCAAGAGCAUUCAUUGAGAAGUAUGUAGCCUUGAAUCAGUGCCUCCCUCUAUGUGAAUCAGAUUCUUCCUGGAAAUAGAUGAUGGAUGUGUUUUAAGACACAUUAACUGCUUUGGGUUUCUUAAGGCCCUGAUGACAAAGUAUGCUCACAUAGAGGCCACAUAGGUUCAGUAGGAACUCAGUUUUGGCAUGCCCACUCAUGACUAGUAUCUUAGAGUUAAGUUAGGCAUUGGGCCUAGAAUAAAUCAAACUGCCUUUUCAAGUGGUUCUCCUAUCUGCAGCGGUGGUCUUUGGCUGGUAGAUCCUCGUGCUUUCUGAACCUCAGGAGGGCUCACCACACAGCCGUGACACUUAGCAUUCCUUGCAAGAGUGAGGAUUCUGCAGGAGGCCCUGCCACGGUCUGUUAGAGCUAAGGCUCUCAGGACUAGUUAGGAGGGCCAGGGUGACUGGUGGUUGUGGCUAGGACAGACUUGUAGGUCUGUGUACUUUCAUUUUUCAGAUAACAGGAUCAUAGAAUUUAGAGUUGGAAGAGACCUUAGAAUUUAUCUAAGCCUUUCAUUUUACUGGUAAGGAAAUAAGGCCAGAGAAGCUAAGUGACUUGUUACAGGGUCACAGGUCAUAAGUAAACAGCAGAAUUGAGAUUUGAACUCAGGUCUUCUGACUCCAAAUUCUGUGCUUUUUCUACUAGUCUGACAGUUUUUGGUUUGUGUGUUUUUUUAACCUGUGGUCCAGGGCUGUAUCUCCAUGUGGCCUAAAAGUUUGCCUCUUUCAUUCAACAAACUUUUAUUAUCAAAGUACCUAAGGUGUGUAAAUUCAGUGGCAGGGACUGGGAAUACAAAAUCUGGAUAAGCCAUAGUCCUGCCAGUUAUUUCUGACCCAAUGCCCCAAAGUAACUUACUCACCUGGCAGGGACAAAACCCACCAGGU